AUGCCCGUACCCACCACCAGCGCGUUGGCCGAACAAAAUUUCCUUGUUGUAGUAGCUGGCUGCACUGGAACCGGGAAAUCGGAUCUUGGAGUGGAAAUUGCCAAGAAAUUCGAUGGAGAAGUGAUCAAUGCCGACUCUAUGCAGCUUUAUAAAGGUAUGGAAGUCUGUUUUGUUUGGUUUUAUGUUUAGGUUUGGACAUUGUGACGAAUAAAAUCACUGAUGAAGAAGCGCAAGGGAUUCCUCAUCAUCUUAUUGGAUUUCUCGAACCGGCGGACGAAUUUAAUGUCCAUAAAUUUCAAGAAAAGUGUUUGGAAUGUCUGAACGACAUCUGGAGCCGACGAAAACUACCGGUUAUAGUCGGCGGAACUGCCUAUUAUAUUGAAUCAGUUAUCUACAAAGACUCGAUUGUCAAAGUUGGAUCUGUAGGAGAAGUUGGUAGGUUGAAAAUAGAAUUCUAAGAGAUGCAAAAGGUCAUAUUUUUACUUUGGCAAGACCUGAGAUAUUUAAUUUUUAUUAGAUUUUCCCUCAAAGUCAACAAUCUUUUAUCCGGAAUCAAGUCUAAUAUAAAUUUUUAUAUUUUUUAGAAAAUCUGCGCGAAGAAACCAAAAAUAAGACAACCGAAGAGCUUUAUCAGAUGCUUAAAGACAAGGACCCUCAAGCAGCAGCACAAGUUCAUCCAAAUAAUCGAGCACGAGUUCAGCGAUCACUCGAGAUCUGCACCUUGGGCAACUCCAAUAAAAAUGAUCUCAUUGGAGAGCAAGGAAAGUUGAGUUUCCCGAAUACCGCGCUUUUCAUUCUUGAUGCAGAUACGGAAGUUUUGGACAACAGGUUGGAUGGGCGGGUCGAUAAAAUGGAGGCAAAAGGGCUAAUGAAAGAACUCACCGAUUUUUAUACUAAAGUAAGGUCAAAGGUUCUUAAAACCUCCGAAAUAAAAUCUUAGUCUUUGUAAUAAGUCUAUUUACAGUAUGGAGAAUCCCUGAAGUCCCACGGAAUUAAACAAUCCAUCGGAAUCAAGGAGUUUUUGCCCUAUUUGAACCUGCCGGAAGAUGAGAGGGAGACAAAGAAAGGCGAAAAGAUCAAGAAAAGAUGUGCCGACGUCUUGAAAAUCAACACCAGGAAGUACGCUAGGAAACAGAGAAACUGGUUUACUAUGAGAUUUGUCCGGAGGACCGAGUUAAGAGAGGUAACGAGAGUUUUUUUAUAUUGCACUUGAUAUCUGAUGGUAUUAUUUUGAAAAAAUGGCGGAUUUUUUUGUUUUUUUUAUCACGACUAAAGCUUGUAAAUAGAACAUAAAAUAACGUAGAUUAUUUCCAGGUACCUAAUCUCAUCGUUCUCAACACUUCGACCAGAUUUUUCGAACAAGUUGUUCCUUUUGCCCUACAACAACUUGAAACGUUCUUCCAGACGAGUGAAUUCGACAAAUCCAUUAAAAAUAGUUGUGUAAUUGAUACUGGAGACCUUGUCCCCAUUACUGACCCAAAUUACGCCCAAAAAGCCAAUCAAAUGCAACAUUGUGAGGUAUGUUGUUUGAGCCUCAUGGAUAAGGUAAAAAUCUCAAAUUUCAGGUGUGUAAACGUGAUAUUCAUGGAGAAGUUUGUUGGCAAAGACAUCUUAUGGGCAAAAAACACCUUUACAAUGUAAGAAAACAGGGAGCAAGCCAAGGGGAGGUAGUGGAAGAGCCAGAAAUUCCCGAGAAAAGGCAGAAACUCGAACAAAGCUUGUAAAAAUAGUUGUUUUUUAUUGUUAUUGUUGAGAAAUAUAAAACUAUUGUAAUAUUUUUGUUGCAUUUGACAUAAAUUGAAGGAGUUUUACUUGGUUUGGCGGUAAAAUCCGUACUUUUCGGGAAUGUUUUUGCAGGUUUCAUCGUAUAAAUUGUCGCUUUAUCGGUUUGACGCGGAAACUUACGUCUCGAAGCGAAAACAGUCGACAGUAAGAAUAUUUCCGCAAAGAGUGGGAGGUUUCGACAAAGUUUUGUGGUCGAUUUUCGCUAAUAACUUGUUCGCAUACUUCCUUCGUUCAAUCGGAUUUUUUUGUAAGUUUAUUCGGUUUUUUUGAUUUUUUUGUCAUAACGGGAUUAGGAAGUAGACAAUGUUUCGUUUUAGGCAUCGAAAUGGCCCGUUCCGCCCAACAAGCUCGCAGAGGAAAGCAGCGAAAGGCCGAUGAGCAGCAACAGCAAGAAGAGGACUCCAACCAGGGUAACACCACCUUGAACGAGUCCACCGCUUCGGCUGCCGAACAGGCCGUCCAGGAGACCCCUCAGAAGAAGACCGAGGAGGAGAACAAAGCCGCCGAAGAAGGAAAGGAUGCUGAAGUUGAAGUUGCCGACGAGGCUGAUGAGAAUGCUCCGACCGAGAAGUCCGAUGAGGUAGAGGACGAGUCUGCCGAGGAGGAGGAUCAGGAGAACAAGGAUGCCACCACUACUGAGGUGAGGAUGUUUUUCUUGAGUUUCAUAAUUUUAGGUAACAAUUUUAGAAAAGAAUUAUAAAUCCGUCCAUGAUUUUUUAUAAAAAUAGCUGUAUUGGAUAUAAUUAUAGAUAAGAUAGUUUUAUAAUUCCGCUAAUGUCUUUAAAUUUCAGGCCGGUGAUCAGGAACUGGCUCCAGAUGCCUUCACCAAGAAGCGCCAGGUCGAGGAAGCCCAAGGCGAGGGUGAUGAGACCAAUGAUGUUCCGGAGAAGAAGAGCAAGGUUGAUACCGAGGCUUGA